AUGGUCGUUUACAACCCUCAGCCUGGCACGUAUAUAUCGCGCAGGGGCAAGCGGGGCCUCCCCAUCUCACUGCACGCCAUGAAAUACGACGAGAAUGGCAACCGCCUCAUCACGGGCUACGUCCCCCAGCUCGCAUUGACUGGCGUCGCGAUCGCCGCCUACUUCCUCCUGUCGGCGUGGUGCGCCUUCCUCUUCGCACGCACCAAGCCACGACCCAAGUAUAUGUUGUGGAUCACGAUAGGCACUUUCACGAUGGCGGUGGGCUUCGGCGCCCGCAUCCCCAUGACGAACGACCCGGGGAGUCUGGGCAUCUACGUCGUCACCACUCUCUUUACGCUUCUUUCGCCUUGUGCGUUCCUCGCGCAAGACUACGUCCUACUACCCCGUCUCGCGAGCUGGCUCGACGCCGAGGACUGCCUCUUCCUCUCCGCUCGCCUCGUGGCGCGCAUCUUCAUCGGCUCAGAUAUCUGCACAUUUUUGAUCCAAGCCGCCGGCGGCGGCAUGACCGCCAUCGAGUCUAUGGCUUCUAUUGGCGAGAAGAUCGCGCUUGUCGGCCUCAUCAUCCAGUGCAUCAGCUUCGGCCUCUUUUGGAUUCUACUCGUCGUCUUCGCCUUCCGCCUGCGCAGCAACCACCCCGAGAAGUGGGCGAGCGGAAGUGGGUUCAAAGGCUGGAAGACGCUCUACUGGGCCAUCCAGUGGACGUGUAUCGGCAUCAUGGUGCGAUGCGUUUUCCGUGUCAUCGAGUUCGCCCAAGGAUACGGGGGAUAUCUACGCAACACUGAGUGGUGCUACUAUUCGUUGGACACGCUGCCACUCUUCUUGGCCAUCAUCAUCUGGGCUGUCGUGUGGCCGCCCUCCAUACUGGUUGAGAGCAAGAAGUGGGCCCUCGCCAGCCCUGAGUACGGCCUCUCAAAUCUCGACGGCUCAUCCACGUUCGCGCCAGUCACCCCAGAAAGCUCGUACACCAAGGCCUGAGGCAGGUGCAGUGUGUAUCACGACAGUUGUGGACUCUCAAGCAAUUAGACAGAAGGACAAACAUAUACACCCAGCAGAACAUACCCUCAUUAGAUGCGACGCACUCUCCACGCAAG